AUGGCCGAAGAUCCCAAGCAGCAGCCAACCUCUGAGCUCGUCUCUCCCGCGCCUACUACCCCCGCACCCUCGGCUCCGAGCGAGAAAGUCAAGCCUGGCUCUACAUGGAAGCAGAACGAAGAGCAUGUACUACCCAAGAACCGCAUGAGCCUCGUAUUCACAGGUCUCAUGUGCUGUGUUUUUCUCGCCGCCCUCGAUCAGACCAUCGUCGCGACUGCUCUCCCCACCAUCGUCGCGCAGCUUGGUGGUGGCAAGGAGUACAGCUGGGUAGGCAGUGCGUAUCUUCUCGCCUCCUCCGCGCUUGGUCCGGUGUAUGGCAAACUGUCAGACAUCAUUGGUCGGAAACCGAUUCUUUUUGUCUCAAUCGGUGUUUUCUUGAUCGGGUCUGCGCUAUGCGGUGCCGCACAAAGUAUGACCUGGUUGGUCGUUGCGCGGGCUGUGCAAGGUAUCGGCGGAGGAGGUAUCAUUCAAUUAGUGCAGAUUACCAUAUCCGACAUUGUGUCCCUGCAAGAUCGUGGUAAAUAUGGUGGAUAUAUAGGUGCAACUUGGGGCAUUGCCAGUGUCAUCGGCCCGCUGCUCGGCGGUGUAUUCACCGACCAUGUUUCGUGGCGAUGGCAACUGCACAGGCCUACGGGUGGUAUUGGAUUCCUCAUGCUGUUCUUCUUCCUCAACUUGAACCCGCACCAUGGGAAGACGUGGAGAGAGCAUGCACAGGUUUUCGAUUUCUCCGGCUUGUUCCUCAUCGUCGUGGGUGUCGUCCUCGUGCUUCUGGGUUUCAACUUCAGUGAAACGAGUUGGAGUCAACCACAAACCAUUGCGCCUCUUGUCAUCGGUGUGGUGACGCUAAUUGCGGCCUCGAUUAACGAAAUUUACACCAAGAGAUCCGCGAUCAUCCCUCCCCGUCUCUUCAAGACUCGCACCACGGCGCUCAUACUGAUUUCAGUCUUCUUGCACGCCGUUGCUUUCUUUGGUGCUGCAUAUUAUCUGCCUGUGUAUUACCAGGUGCUUGGUUCUUCGGCUACCGGUGCGGGCGUACGGAUGCUACCCUUCUCUCUUGGUGGUGCUCUCUUCUCGGUUAUUUCCGGCCAGAUCACUUCGCGAACCGGUCGCUGGAGGCCCAUCAUGUGGGUGGCUUGGGGGAUCAUGAUCCUCGGGUUUGGCUUGAUGACUACGCUGGAUAACAACUCAAUUAUUGCCAAGCGACUUCUUUAUCCCUUUGUCACUGCGUUCGGCAUUGGCUGUUUGUUCCAGACUCCUCUCAUUGGUUUGCAAGCCGCGAUGCCGUUGAAGGACAUGGCGACUAGCACAGCUGCGUUUGUGCUCAUCCGUACCCUCGGUGGAACGGUUGGCAUUUCUAUCGGCGAGGUCAUCAUCUCCAGCGAACUUCGCAGGCGUGUUGCCCACAUCCCAGGGCUGAACAUUGACACUUCUCCCGCCGCGUUGACGCAAAUCGUGCGUCAGAUCCCGAAGAUCGCGGACGCCGCGCAGCGUGUCGCGCUCACAAAUGCGUACACGCGCUCGAUCAGCACCAUUUGGCUGGUCAGCACGCCCAUAUCGGGUGUCGGCUUCCUACUUGUCCUCUUCCUUCGCGGCUACACGCUCAAGCGCGUCGUUAUCAAGGCCGGCCAGGAGCCAACAGACAAGGACGCGGUCGACGUCGAAGCCCAGACAGAGGCCGCAGGCGCGCUUGCCAUCGCGCCGGGGGCCGAAGCGAAGGAGACGCCAGACGAGCGUACCGAGGGCACACCGUCGGUGGAGGCUACCGAGAUCAGCGAGAAAACGAAGUGA